AUGCAACAACAACAACCAUCUCCAUUCACUCCUACCAUUCACUCCAUCUUGGGCGACUUGGUGGCACAUUACCCCAACUCCGCUCCCACUCUUCUCAAUGAAGAGAGCAUUGAUUAUUGUUGUGGAGGACAGAGAAGUUUAUUGGAGUCCGUGGGAAAUGAUUCGGAACGAGCACACCAAGUCCUGGUCAAAAUCCUUUCGAAAGAAGAACAAGUGCAACAACAACAUUCAAAGAAGCAAGAGGAGAAUUUCUUGACCAUGUCUGCACAAGAUUUGGUCAAUCACAUUAUUGAACAUCAUCACAAGUAUUUGAGAGAGAACAUUCCCAAGCUCUCUGAACUCUUGUUGAAAAUUUAUACGGUUCAUACAGGAAAAUUGUUACAGCAACAACAACAAGGCAAUGCAGAGGAAACGAGAAGAUCCAUUGAAUUGUUGGAAAAUAUGUAUCGAUUGUUUAUGAAACUUUCUACAGAACUCUUAAUACAUUUAGUGAAAGAGGAAAAAGAGAUUUUUCCAACUCUCGUUCAAUACUUGGACGGAAAGCAGCACCGUGUUGAAUCGAAAAUUAUGAAGGAUUUUAUUGAGGGUCUGUUGAAAGAUCACAAUGAGGCUGGUGAUGCCAUUAAAGAACUCGCGAGCAUGAGGAAGGUGUUACCCAACUAUUGUAAGACAGUCGAAUUGACCAAGAAAUUGUUAGUCGAAAUGGAGGAGAAUUUGUAUAUUCAUGUUCAUUUGGAGAAUAAUAUUCUGUUUAAGAGAUUGGUUUAA